AUGUCCAAAAUGUCAUUAGGCAGCCUGGAUGUGAUCUAUAUCACGAUGGAGUUUGUUAUUGGGAUAUUUGCAGUGGUGGGCAAUGCUUUGGUGAUCUGGGCAGUGAAGCUGAACCCAGCUCUUCAGAAGACCACCUUCUUUUACAUCGUUUCGCUGGCACUCACUGACAUUGCCAUGGGGAUCCUUGUCACGCCGCUGGCUGUUAUGGUGAGCCUGGGAGUCGUCAUCCAUUUCUACUCCUGCCUGCUCGUGUGCUGCCUGAUGAUGAUCCUUUCUCAUGCCUCGAUCCUGUCUCUCCUGGCCAUCGCAGUCGACAGGUACCUGCGAGUGAAGCUGCCGACCAGGUACAAGGCAGCCAUCACAAAGAAAAGGAUUUGUGUGAUUCUGGGACUCUGCUGGCUUGUGUCCAUGCUGGUGGGGCUGGUCCCCAUGCUGGGAUGGAACCGGCACACGGGCAGCUCUGCAGCUGGCUACAUCGAGUGUCACUAUCUGGCUGUGAUGAGAAUGGAUUACGUGGUGUAUUUCAGCUUCUUCACCUGGAUUCUCCUUCCCUUGCUCAUCAUGUGUGCCCUCUACACUGAGAUUUUCUACAUCAUGUGGAUAAAACUAAGCCUGAGCUCAGUGAGUCCUCCAGGAGGAGGAACAGUUUGUGGGAAGGAAUACAAAAUGGCCAAAUAUCUGGCCCUCAUCCUCCUCUUGUUUGCAGUGUCUUGGCUGCCUCUGGGCAUCCUGAACUGCAUUUUGUACUUCUGCCCCUCCUGCGCCAUCCCGCAGCCCCUGAUGUACCUGGGCAUCCUGCUGUCUCACGCCAACUCAGCCAUGAACCCUGUUGUCUAUGCCUUAAAAAUACAGAAGUUCAAAGAAACAUACAGUUUCAUUCUGAGGACUUACAUCCUGCUCCAGAAGUCGGAGUCGGUUAUUUCUAGCAUGGGGCACACAGCGGAGCAGCUGGGAGAGAGCACCAUCUGA